AUGCCCGGGGGGCGGUACCCGCCCGCGCGGCCCGCCGAGCCCUCCGCCGCCGCCACCGCCCCGCCGUGCCCCGCCGCGCUGCCCGCCGCCGGCCGGCACCGCAAGCGCCGACGGACUUGCAGCAAAUCCGAGGCGCCUCGCCCGCCUCCUCCUCCUCCUCCUCCUCCUCCCGCCGCCGCCGAGAAGCCCAAAGCGGGCGGCAAAGCGGCGCAGCGGCCGCGGCGCCAGGCGCGCAAAUUCCAAUACGGGAAUUACUGCAAAUACUACGGGUACCGGAACCCCGACGUGGAGGACGCGCGGCUGCGGGCGCUGCGGCCCGAGUGGUUCGCGGGCAAGGAGGUGCUGGACGUGGGCUGCAACGUGGGGCACCUGACGCUGAGCAUCGCCAAGCGCUGGGCGCCCGCCAGGGUGGUGGGGCUGGACAUUGACGGGCGGCUGAUCCGCUCGGCUCGCCAGAACAUCCGCCACUACCUGUCCGAGGGGCUGGGGGCGGACGGAGACCCCGCGGGGGGCGUCAGGAAAGGUUUCCCCGCCGCGCUCCUGGCCAGCCGCGGCCCCAUCGCCGCCCCGCAGCUGCCGCCCGACGGGCCCGGGGCGGCGGAUUUCCCGCACAACGUGGUGUUCGUCACGGUGAGAGAGAUGGGGGGGG